UUAAAAUUUAAAUUAAAAAUAAAUAAAUAAAGAAAAACAUUUACAAUUGAAUGCAGGUGGCGAUGGAAACAAUGCUAACAAAACUCUCAGACAACCUUAAUUCCUCCCACCUCACUUCACAUUACCCAUACUUCUCCUUCUGUCUUUUUCACCUAACCUGGUUAAUAUAUAUAUAUGUAUAUAUAUAUACCAUCCUCACUUCAUCUUCUCUACUAAACUUCGAUAUAAAUUUAUAAUAUACCUCGAAAAAAAAAAAAAAAAAAAAAAAAAAAAAAAAAGAACAAGAACAUGUCAACUGGAACCUUCUGUGCUUCUUUUGCUGCACCAAGCUACACAGGAUUGAAACCCAACAGGGCUAAUGUUCUAUCUGACAAUGAAUCGGUUUCUUGGAGCAAGAAAACAGUUUCCAACGGUUCGAAAACUUACUGCAUGCAGACAUGGAACCCAAUAAACAACAAGAAAUUCGAAACACUUUCGUACCUUCCGCCUCUUUCAGAAGAAUCCGUCGCAAAGGAGAUCGAUUACAUGAUCAAAAAGGGAUGGAUCCCUUGUCUCGAAUUCGACAAGUUGGGAUACGUAUACAGGGAAAAUAGCAGGAUGCCAAAUUACUACGAUGGGAGAUACUGGACUCUGUGGAAGCUGCCCAUGUUUGGCUGCAACGAUUCAUCACAAGUUUUGAAAGAAAUCGAAGAGUGCAAAAAGGCAUAUCCAAAUGCUUAUAUUCGCUGUUUGGCAUUCGACAACAUAAAGCAGGCGCAGUGCAUGGCCUUUGUCAUCCAGAAGCCAAACACUGCCUCUUAAUCAAAGCUGUCUCUAUCUCUCUCUAUGUUUUUCGUUAGUUCAACAACGUCUUUUGUGCAAAUGCAAUAUAAAAUUGAGGUUUCAAGUAUACUCGAUCGCUCAAAAUUACACCUUGGAAGUAGCACAAACUACCCAGUCGAAGCAAUAUAGUAAUCACUAAUUAAAUCACACAGUUUCAGUUUACGUAUGCAAAGUCAACCUCUAAUGCACGAGAAAGAUCCUUCGUUAGCAAUUAAAAGGAUAAUUUAUUUCUUACAUCUACUUUCUUAAUUACCAAACUAACCAUGACAAUGGGCCAAAACUCAAAAUGGAUAAUUGAAUAAAUAUAGCAAGUGCAGAACCAUCGUGUAAGUGAUAAAGCUAUAAUUUUUCAUAGACAAACAUCUACGAACAAGGGAAAUGUAUGGAUAUAUAUCACAACAGUUAUGAUUUCAUUAAAAAAAUUCACAUUUCGGACCUUUACGAAGGGAUGAGGAUGUAGCAGAAACACCUACGCAUAAAAACCAAGCGGCUUCUGCAUUAAGAAAAAUAAAACCAACAGUAACAGGGUAGAUAAUAGUCCAGUAAUAGAGAAUUGUCAUUGUUGAUUAUAGUCAACGCUAGCCAGAAGAAUACGAGUAAUCAUUCCA